AUAAUACUGCGGGAAGUUGAUCGUUUAGUUUUACUGGCAGCCAAUAGCCAUGGCCACUCACGCAGCUCUAGCUCCUUCAAGAAUCCCUGCCAGCACCACGCUUCCAUCAAAGAGCACUCACUCUUUCCCCACUCAAUGCUCCACCAAGAGACUGGAAGUUGCUGAAUUCUCUGGGCUUCGAUCCAACUCACGUGUGACCUUUGCCAGGAAUGUUGGAGAAGCAUCCUUUUUCGAUGUGGUGGCUGCCCAACUUACUCCAAAGACUGGAGGAUCAACUCCUGUUAGGGGAGAAACAGUUGCCAAAUUGAAGGUUGCAAUCAAUGGAUUUGGACGCAUUGGUAGGAACUUCCUCCGAUGUUGGCAUGGUAGGGAGAACUCACCCCUCGACGUGAUUGUUGUAAAUGACAGUGGUGGUGUCAAGAAUGCUUCACACUUGCUGAAAUAUGAUUCAAUGUUGGGAACUUUCAAGGCUGAUGUGAAAAUAGUUGACAAUGAAACCAUCAGUGUUGAUGGUAAGCCCAUCAAGGUUGUCUCCAACAGGGACCCUCUCAAGCUUCCUUGGGCUGAACUUGGCAUUGACAUUGUUAUCGAGGGAACAGGAGUCUUUGUAGAUGGCCCUGGAGCUGGAAAGCACAUACAAGCUGGUGCCAAGAAAGUUAUCAUAACCGCUCCAGCUAAAGGUGCAGACAUUCCAACCUAUGUUGUUGGAGUUAAUGAAGGGGAUUAUGACCAUGAGGUCUCAAACAUCGUAAGCAAUGCUUCAUGCACCACCAAUUGCUUGGCUCCUUUUGUGAAAGUCAUGGAUGAAGAAUUUGGAAUUGUCAAGGGAACUAUGACAACCACCCACUCUUACACCGGUGACCAGAGGCUCUUGGAUGCUUCACACCGUGACUUGAGAAGAGCCAGGGCUGCAGCAUUGAACAUUGUACCAACAAGCACAGGUGCUGCCAAGGCUGUCUCUCUUGUGCUUCCCCAGCUUAAGGGCAAGCUCAACGGUAUUGCACUCCGUGUGCCAACACCCAACGUAUCAGUUGUUGACCUUGUUGUGAAUGUUGAGAAGAAGGGUAUUACCGCUGAAGAUGUGAACGCUGCCUUCAGAAAGGCGGCUGAGGGGCCAUUGAAGGGGGUAUUGGACGUGUGUGACGUUCCUCUUGUCUCAGUGGACUUCAGGUGCUCUGAUGUUUCUUCCACCAUUGACUCUUCAUUGACCAUGGUCAUGGGAGAUGACAUGGUCAAGGUGGUGGCCUGGUAUGACAAUGAAUGGGGUUACAGCCAAAGGGUCGUUGAUUUGGCACACUUGGUGGCAAGCAAGUGGCCAGGCGUGCCUGCAGCAGGAAGUGCUGACCCCCUGGAGGAUUUCUGCAAGACAAACCCAGCUGACGAGGAGUGCAAAGUUUAUGAAGCUUAAAUUGUUGCAAUUUUCAUUUUUCCUUCUUGUUGAUAAGGUAUAGUGGCCAAGGUUUUUCGAUGUUCAUGUUAACAAAAUUAUGCUCAUUUUGCAAUGACAGCUGAGUGACAUGCACAGAAUUUGUCAAAUAACAUUUCAAUGAAGCCAUCAAAAGCUGCAAUAAUCUUUGGAUUAA